CCUACGAGGCGGUGCCGGGGCGAGGGGCGGCGGUGCAGGCCCCAGCGGAGCCGCAGCUCGGGGGUGGCGGGUGCUGCUCGGCACGACCGAGCUCCUGCGGGCCGGGGGGUUCCGGGGCGCGGGCCCGGUGGCCGCCCCAGCCCCGCUGACGUGUCUCCUCCGCCCGCCGGCCCCGCGCAGGUGGACGCGGCCUACGGCGACAAUGGCCUGGACUCCGCGCUCUUCAUGGAAAAUGCCCGGAAAGGCAGCAUAGUGUCCCGGGCCAACAGCAUCGGCUCCACCAGUGCCUCUUCUGUCCCCAACACAGACGACGAGGACAGUGACUACCACCAGGAGUCCUCCAAGGAGUCCUACAAGGACCAGCGCCGCCGGGCGCACACCCAGGCCGAGCAGAAGCGCCGAGAUGCCAUCAAGAAAGGCUACAAUGACUUGCAGGCCAUCGUGCCCACCUGUGAGCAGCAGGAUUUCUCCAUCAGCUCACAGAAGCUGAGCAAGGCCAUUGUGCUGCAGAAAACUAUUGACUACAUCCAGUUCUUGCACAAGGAGAAGAAAAAGCAGGAGGAGGAAGUUUCUACCCUCAGGAAAGAUGUGAUGGCCUUGAAGAUCAUGAAAGUGAACUAUGAGCAGAUUGUGAAAGCUCAUCAGGACAAUCCAAACGAGGGGAAGAACCAGAUCUCUGACGAGGUGAAGUUCAAUGUUUUCCAAGGCAUCAUGGACUCCCUGUUCCAGUCCUUCAAUGCCUCAGUCUCUGUAACGAGUUUUCAGGAGCUCUCAGCGUGUGUCUUCAGCUGGAUUGAGGAGCACUGCAAGCCCCAGACGCUGCGGGACGUUGUCAUCGGGGUCCUGCACAAGGUGAAGAGCCAGCUCUACUGAGCCUCCCGUGCCACUUCUGUGCCCGUGGGGAUGGGGCACUUCUGCCAGAGGCCAGGGUGCCAGGCACCACCCUGGGCCCUCUCCCUUGUGGCUGUUUUUAAGGUUCUCUGAAUUAUUUAUUGUAUUCCUUCUGAAGCCCAACGGUGGCUGUGCAAUCAGUGCUGCUCCACUCAGUGCCUCCAGAUCUUUGUAGGGACUGGGCAGGAGGGGAGGGAAAGGUGGGGAGCAGAGUCUCUGGCUCAGGCCAUGGGGCUGCCUGUGCCACUGACUCUCCUUGCAGAGCUGAUCCCAGAGCAGCUCCACUCUGUGCCCUCAGGCCUGUGCCAGCCCUGCUGUCCCCAGGGUGGGCAAGUGUGACAAAUGCAUACUCAAAACCAUGGUUUCUGGUCUAGCAGCAGGAAUUGCUUUUCCCUGACCCUCUGGGCUGUGCCCUGCCCCUCUGAAGCAGCUGUUUUGAGUCAGCUGUUGCAUUUUGGAGGAGCCUGACAGUGCUGGCAGCAGGAUGAGCCCAUCAAGAGCUGGGAGCUGUGGCCCUGGCAGCACAUGCUAGGGCCUUGAUGAACCCCAAGCAUGCUGCAGCCAUGAGUCCCUGGGAAGGAUCAGAGGAAGUUCCUGCAAGUGCUGGAACACCUCUCCUUUUCAGAAACUCUGGGUGUACUGCACAGCAAAGUUCUGCAGCUGUAGCAUGGCAUGGCUGUGUGCACUUGCUGCUCCUCCUUAGAACUUUUGUACACACACGUACAUGACCAGCCUCGAUUUGAUUUUUAUUAUUGUAAAUUUUGGAAUGGUCCCACAGUGCUGCUUGUGCCAGCUGUAGAAGCAGCUGCUAUCAGGGACAUGUGUGACCCUCUCCCACGCCCAGUUUGGGUCACAGCUCUGCUGGGCACUGUCCAGAGUGAUGGGACCAGGGUGCUGCCAGCAGCAGGGUUGGUUCUCCAUAACCAUGCUUGUGCUCCUGCUCCAGGGGCACAUCCAGGGAAUGUUUUUCAGGCAGUUUUUCCAGCACUGAGGAGGGAGUGCUGCCUCCUGCCUUGGGAAGAAGACGUGGAAUUUUACAGACCUCACACGUGAAAGUGAUGUAUUUUUCUAUUGUGAAAAGUAAUUAAAUAAAUUUCACUGAAUGUUUUAAUGAU